AUGGAGCACACUCUCAAAAAUGUCAAUCAAUCGUUCAAGGAGCGUCAUGAUCAAUUCAGAGCCAUCAAAAUGGACGAUGAAGAAGCUUGCAUUCGAUCGCAGUCAAUUAUGGCCAAACUUCAAACCAACAUUACCAUUUUCGGUAUUAUUGAGAUCAAUCCAGCCGGAAUCUGCUUCAUGAUUUUCUUAACUAUGAUUAUUGUAUUGAUGUUGAUAUUUUUCUGA